AUGGCUGCUCCAAGUUCUUCGCAAGUUCUCUUGUCCCCACAGUACUCUGGCUUAGGUCGUCUCGACCCAAAUCCACCUGGAUCCCUCGAGCUGACAAGCGAACUGCUACAAAAGAAUCAUGAGAGGUACCACAUGUACUUUCGAGAUGUCGCUGGCCACAACCACAUUCCGCAUUCUUUGCUGACCGUUCUGGCAAUGGGUGGAGGACCAAAGGAGCUGAAUAGAGCAUACGAUGAUGGAUACACGUAUCAGCGUCCAUUAGCUCCUGCGGACGGUGAAUUUGCCAAGCAGCUGGGCGAUGAGGAGAAGUUUAAAGAACACAUGUACACAUUAUCCGAGUAUUCCAACUUCUUAGCCUUCUUUGAGCAGGAAAUCGACGCUAAAGGCUGGAAAACUGUUUUCAACAAAUACUGCUUUGACCGCACCCCAUUUGCCGAUAAUAUGCUCUCACAGCUCUAUGAGGGUCUCUAUCAUCCCAUUCUUCACCUGGGCUUCGGUGUUGAAUUUAAUCAACCUAGUCUUAUCGCUGAAGGCCUCGCUCAUGCGGCAUCCCAUGAUUCAAGCCAAAUUGGACCCUUCUUCUUAGAGACCGAAAAGCUCGCAAAAUCUGGUUCGGUAAAGCCCAAGCCUCUUGUCGAGCUAUACGCCGAGAUUCGCGCCAAUCAAAAGAUAAGGGAGGCUGCAUGGCUCAAGGACGGGCCAUUACGUGGAAAGGGGAUAGUAAAUCGUGCUCAUGAUGAGUUAGUGAAGAUUGCAGCCCAGUUUCAGGUGAGACCUGAAGACUUGGAACGUAGUACAGCGGAGAUGAUGAGCUGUGGUGCACUUACUAGCGCAGCCCAAAAAGCUGGGAAGGCUCGCAAGAUUGACUUUUUCUACUUGCACAUUGUCACCUGCUCCAUCUUCUUCAGUGCUUUGAACCAGCAGGAUUGGCUCAAGACCGAAGAUAAGGUGCGUCUACUUGAGUGGAAGGGACGUUUGGAUCUUGUGUGGUACGCGGCCAAUGGAUCGGCUGAGAUGAAGAUUGAAAAUGUGCUCGAGUACGAACCCUCGUUAAGCAAGGGGUGGGAUUGGCGUGCUAUCUACAAGAAUUCAAUUGAUAUUCAUGAUGAUGGUCAUGUUGUCAAGUUCAUGCGAGCUCUGAAGCAUGCCGAAGGUAUGGUAGAGCCUCACGUGGAGAAAGAGGGCGCUGCUUCAUUCCCUAUCAAUGGGGAUAUGUGGCUCAAAAUUGCACAGAUCUGCUAUGAUUCUACUGCAACUAUUGGGACAGACAUCCCAGGUCAAUUAUCCAAGAAGUGGGUCUGGGGUGCUGGAUUUGAGCCACCGUGGUUCCAGAUCCCAAAUUUGGGUUAG